UGAUAGAUAUUGGUGGUGAUGAAAAAAUGAUAAUGAUUGAUACAAUACGACUAGUUUCACCCCAUCCUUAUUGUCAUCGCCCCAACAACGUGCCUCAAUUGCUACUUUAUUAUUAUUGCCUCAAUGAUAAUAAAAAAAUUGGCGGAUCUUUUAUCUCUUUUUAAAAUGGCACUCUUUAGAAACAUAGCACUGUCAAUCUUCUCUUAGCAGGUCUUCUUAAAGUUCUUCCUUCAGUACUGUAUGUGGCUACGCACUGGCAAGUCCUUCACUUACUCAUGGCUAAAGCUCUCAUAACAGCUGAGAAAUGUUUUGUUCCUAAAACAAAAGAGGAAGAAGAUGAAACAGAAAGAGUCUACAACAGCUACAGAGACAUAAUCUCUACUCUUCCGAGAACCAAAGGCUGGGCGACUCAGCAUCUUUGUCAAUAUCAAGGCUUUUGGUUUCAACCCCUGGUUGGUCUUGAAGGAAUCAUGUGGAUGCAACAACACUUCACCUCUCGACCCACUGACAUUUACCUUGUCUCCUCUCCAAAAUCAGACCCAGAAAUUCUUCCAUCGCCUCGUAUUUUUGCAACUCAUAUGCCUUUCACUUCAUUACCAGAUUCCAUAAAAGAUUCUUCUUGCCCGAUAGUUUACAUAUCUAGAAACCCGAAAGAUGUGCUUGUUUCUUCAUGGCAAUUCGUGAAUAAAGUGAAACCCAAGGAUUUGCCUCCCUUGUUGCUGGAAGAAGCAUUUGAAAUGUUCAGUGAAGCGAUUUCUCCAUAUGGGUCGUUCUGGGAUCAAGUUUUAGGGUAUUGGAAAGCAAGUUUAGAGCUCCCCGAGAAGAUACAUUUUUUAAAAUAUGAAGACAUAAAGAAGGAGCCUUUACUGAAUAUAAAGAGAGUGGCGGGGUUUGUUGGUCGGCCAUUUUGUUUACAGGAAGAAGAAAAUGGAACUGUGCAAGAGAUUUUGAAGCUGUGUAAUUUUGACAAUAUGAAAAACUUGGAGGUGAAUAAGAAUGGACUUUACCGUGUUCGCAAAACUAAAAACGAUGCGUUCUUUAGAGAAGGAAAGGUUGGAGAUUGGAAGAAUUAUCUAACAAAUGAAAUGGCUGAACGAACGUCUUGACGAAAUUGCAAGGCAAAAAUUCCAUGUUUGGGGAUUAAUGUUGUAGUUUUAUACCAAAAGAGUGAUCCGUCUGUCUGCUUGUCUUUGAUGGUAGAAAUAAUCAGAUUAUUGUAUUUCAGUUCAGAUCAAUUGCAAUAUUAUUAAUUACUGU